AUGAGCGCGCAGGACAUUGUCGGCGCCCUUCUCAACCUUGCAUCGAUCAACCGCAGAGUCAAUACCAACGCAGUUGCGAGUCUGACAUGGAUCACUUAUGACAUUAUCACUUGUUUUGACCAAGAGGUUGAGCUCAUUUGGAAGACAAGAUGGACGGUUCCGAAGGUUCUUUACAUCGCUCUACGAUAUUACGCACCACUAUGGUUGAUGUAUCAAACAAUUAUUCAUAUUACGCCGGGAACCCAGCUCUCGAAACUCACUUGCGAAACAUUUCCGCCCCUUCAAGCUGUUGGGCCAGUCAUUCUAUGGAUUCUCGUCGACAUUAUCAUGAUGCUACGGAUACGAGCGCUCUACCGAGACAAGAAGUCUAUCGUAUUCGCGGUUUUAUUCAUUUGGUUCGCUGCCGCUAGUGUCGUCAUCCCCGUCACUAUCUUCUGUUUCCGCCUUUCAAGACCAAUACCUGCACCUCCCUUCAUCGCCAACAUCGCGGGUUGCGUCGUUCUCUCCAUCGACUGGGAUAAGAUGAAGGUGGCGAAGGCCGCAGUGAUAUCAUUUAUCCUCCUGAAUAUGGUCUAUCUGGGGUUGACCCUGCACAAGUUCAUCGAGAGCGUGAGGUCGAUGAAAAGGAUCGAGUGGGGCUCGAUCUAUACGAUUUUCAUUGGAGAGGGUGUCGCUUACUUCAUUGGGUGUAUAAUUAUCAACGCCGUCGAUAUUGCAUUCUCAAGUGGAAGUCCGUCCUUGUUCCCCUAUGUCGAUCUCGCUCAAUUCUGGCUUUCCGCAUACUAUAGCUAUGCUGGCUGCCAUUUAAUCCUACACCUCCGCUCAGUGAACUCACAGCUGAGUGCCCUGCAAAGCUUCGGGGACUGUGCCGACCUUGGAAUCAGAUUCACGCCUGGGACCAUGAAGUCGUGGUCGAGUGGCGAGAGUGAAGAGCUACCUCAUAGCGUUUCUAGCUACGAUACCCGAAGUAAGGCAAGCACCUGGAAUUAA